AUGCAACAGAUACGGAAAGAUAAAAACUUCCCCAUUUGGUUACCGAUUAUCCGUGCGAAUCAGUAUCCCAACACUCUUUUGGGUUCAUCAGAACGAGAGUAUUUUUUUGAUGACGAGAAUGAGGAAUAUUACUUUGAUCGCGAUCCUGCAAUUUUUCGAUACAUUGUCGAUUUUUAUCGGCAUGGUUUCCUUCACUUUCCCAAAUCGGAUUGUUUUCUUGCUUAUGAAAACGAGAUGGAGUUUUUUCGAAUAUCUACGGAAUGUAUGGGCGAAUGUUGUUACGAGCAUUUCCAGGAUUGUCGCCGUGAACACUCAGAGCGCCUUCGAGAGGGGAGGUCUCUGGACGACCUGAGGUGUGCUGGCCCAACAACAUUCAGGCAAAGAUUGUGGACUUCCUUUGAGAAUCCAGGGAACUCAACUGUCUCACUUGUAAUAUACUACGUGACCGGAUUUUUCAUUGCUGUGUCGGUUCUCGCAAACAUAAUUGAGACCAUCCCAUAUCCCGAAGUCUCCCCAGAUCUUUCCAGAAAGUCCAUCGGGGACGUUUUUUCUGAUGCGUUUUUUUGCCUGGAUUCAGCAUGUGUCCUUAUUUUUACUGUCGAGUACCUGGCACGGCUUUAUUCAGCUCCAAACCGAUGGCUUUUUUUUCGAUCGGUGAUGAGUCUCAUUGAUGUGGUUGCAAUUCUUCCAUUUUACAUCGCUCUCUUGCUUCCAAACAAAAAGCUUCAUGGAAAUACCGACUUGGCUGUAAUCACCUCUGUUCUCAAUCAGAUGUAA